AUGAGAUUAGGUCUUAAUUUAACCUUAAAAGAUCUUGCCUAUCGUUUUGAAGUUAGUAACUCCAAAGUUUCUUCAGUAUUUAUUGAACUAACAGAUGUUUUAUUUAUUUAUUUACGUCAACUUAUAAAAUGGCCUGCACGUGAACAGCUAUGGAAAACUACACCUAAUUGUUUUCGGAAACAUUAUGGUACAAAGGUAGUUGUAAUAAUUGAUUGUUUUGAAGUUUUUACACAUAAACCUACAAACCUUUUAGCCAGAGCACAAACAUUUUCAAGUUACAAACAUCACAACACAGUGAAGUUUUUGAUCGGUGUUACUCCACAAGGUGUUAUUAGUUUUAUUUCAAAGGCAUGGGGUGGUAGAACUAGUGAUAAGCAUCUCACUGAAAAUUGUAAAAUUCCUAAUAACCUGUUACCGGGGGAUAUUGUAAUGAUAGAGCUUGACUCAAUUGAUGUAGAACAAACACAUCAUAUUGCAUCAUUGAGAAUUCAUGUAAAACGAGUAAUUGGAAAUCUUAAAAAUAAGUAUACCAUAUUACAAGACAUUUUACCAUUAGAUUAUCUCAUAAGAAAAGAUAACAAUGGUUAUUCAACAAUUGAUAAAAUUGCAAUUGUAUCAUGUGGUCUAACAAAUAUGUGUGAUUUGUUAUUCCAGUUGACUUAA